GGACAAAUGUCACCUAAUGUAUAUCUGAAGAGAUCAGCCAAGUGGCAUUUGGCUAUGGCAUUAAUGGUGAUCCUUACCUUCUCAACCAUAUGUGCGGCAGAGUUUGACAAUAAAGCCAAUUUGCUGGAACAACCAAGGAAUUUGGAACCACAUGGCUUACCGAUUAAGGUAACGGACAUGAAUGGAGUACAAAAGAAAUCAGUAGAUGUGGAUUUGAAUUUGGAUUUGCAGAGGGCCAUAAAGAGAAAGGGUAAUUUUUUCGAUGCCUUCACCGCAGCGUUCUCUUUCAUAUUGUUAACAGAGCUGGGUGAUAAGACCUUCUUUAUUGCUGCCAUUAUGGCAUUACGGCACCCGCGAUUGGUUAUUUUUGGCGGUGCCAUUACCGCCUUGGCUCUAAUGACGAUUCUCUCAUGCUUAUUCGGCAUGGCAGCAAAUUUCUUUCCUAUGAUCUAUACGUAUUAUAUAUCCACUGCAUUAUUUUUGAUAUUCGGCUUAUUAAUAUUGAACGAUGGUCUAAAAAUGAAACCAACCGCUGCCCAAGAGAAUCUCGAGGAGGUUCAAAGCAAUGUGCGUAAACGGGAGACUGAGCUGGAUCGUGAUUUUAAUGCUGCUCAGGUGCAAGAUCAGGAAAAAGGACGCCGUCCAAAAAAGCGUCACCGGGUAUCCGUUUUUACCAUGCGCAUAUUUGCCCAGGCCUUUACAAUGACCUUUCUGGCCGAAUGGGGCGAUCGCUCCCAGUUGACGACUAUCAUUCUAGCUGCCAGCAAGGAUGUUUACGGCGUAAUUGUUGGCGGCAUUCUUGGCCAUUGCAUCUGCACUGGCGUGGCUGUGAUUGGCGGUCGUCUAGUGGCUUCCAGAAUCUCUGUGCGAACUGUCACCGUUUUGGGUGGCAUUGUAUUCGUUGCCUUUGCUGUCUUCGCCGUGCUCCUGCCUCCGGAUGAUCUGUAAAUGAUUCGUGUUUAUUGCGCACUAGCCUGUUGUUGUACAUGACUAAAAAAGAGGGAAAUCCAACUAUUAUUUAAUGUAACCGUAGUCU